AUGUCGUCUGCAUCAGGUUUACUGGAUGUAAAUGUACAGACGCUGAAAGAAGGCGACGUAGUAACAAAUAAUGAAACAGGAAAACAUUAUUUUGUGAGAAAAACAGUUUUGUCGCCAUCAUUAGGUGGAGGGCCGCAUGGACUUGGUGAUCCUGACGACAGAAGCCUUCGAAGAUUAGAAGCAGAAGCAGUGAUACCUAGAUUAAUGGAUGAACGACUUGAAAAAGUGGAAUGUCGUAGCGUCCUCAAUGGUUAG